GAGGGGCAGGGGCUACUCUGGUCUGCACGGGCACCGACAUGAAGCUGCUGCGUCCCUCCAGCCCCGAAAACCACUACGCCGCCCUCCGGCACCUCUACCAGGACUGCCAGGUGGUGCAGGGCAACCUGGAGAUCACGUACCUGGGGCCGGACGCCAACACGACCUUCCUCAAGGUGAGCGACUUGGCGGGGCUUGAACUCAGCACCUUCCCUUCGCCCAUCCUGGGAGACAACUACCUGGCCACGGAGGUGGGCUCCUUGAGCACGGAGAGCGCGCAGAAAUGCGAGAAGUGCAGCAAGCCCUGCCCGGAAGUCUGCUACGGGCUGGGCAUGGACACGCUGAAGGGCGUCCGGGCCGUCAACUCCUCCAACAUCCAGGCCUUUGCCCGCUGCACCAAGAUCUUCGGCAGCUUGGCCUUCCUGCCCGAGACCUUCAAGGGGGAUCCUGCCACCAACACGGCGCCCUUGGACCCGGAGCAGCUCAAGAUCUUCGAGAGCCUGGAGGAGCUGACAGGGUUCUUAUACAUCGAGGCCUGGCCAGAGACCUUCCCCGACCUGAGCAUCUUCCAGAACCUCCGGAUCAUCCGAGGACGGGUGCUUCACAACGGCGCCUACGCUCUGACGCUGCAGAACCUGCCCAUCGUCUCGCUGGGCCUGCGCUCGCUGCGGGAGAUCAGCAGCGGGAUGGUGCUGGCCCACCAGAACCCCAACCUCUGCUUCCUCCAGAACGUGCCCUGGGGAGAGCUCUUCAGGAGCAGGCGCCAGAUGUUAGAGCGAGGGGCUGGUGUGCUUCCACCUCUGCAAGCUGGGGCAGUGCUGGGGGCCGGGCUCGAUGCCGGGCAGGAGUGCGUGGAGUCCUGCAACUUUCUGGACGGGGCCACCCGGGAACACGCCAACGGGACCCGCUGCCUCCCCUGCCACCCCGAGUGCUUGCCCCAGAACGGCACGGAGACCUGCAACGGCUCGGAGGCGGACCAGUGCACGGCCUGCGCCCAUUACAGAGAUGGGCAGCACUGCGUGGAGAAGUGCCCCAGUGGCGCCAAGGCGGAUUCCUCCUUCGUGACUAUCUGGAAGUAUCCGGACGAACACGGCGUCUGCCAGCCGUGUCCCACCAACUGCACCCACUUGUGCACGAUCCGGAAUGAGGACGGCUGCCCCGUGGAUCAGAAGCCAAGCCAGGUGACGUCCAUCAUCGCCGGCGUGGUCGGCGCCCUCCUGGCUCUGGUCUUGAUCCUGAUCAUCGUCGUGUGCAUCAAGCGGCGGUGGCAGCAGGAGCGGAAGCACACAUGCAGCCAGGCCUCCCAGGGCACCUGGCUGCUGGAACAGCUGACUCCCAGCGGGGCUCUCCCCAACCAAGCCCAGAUGCGGAUCCUGAAAGAGACGGAGCUUAAGAAGGUGAAAGUGUUGGGCUCCGGGGCCUUCGGCACCGUGUACAAGGGCAUCUGGAUCCCCGACGGCGAGAGCGUCAAGAUCCCCGUGGCCAUUAAAGUCUUGCGCGAGAACACGUCGCCCAAGGCCAACAAGGAGAUCCUGGACGUGAGUGGGGGGGCGCUGGGGUGACACGCCCGGCCCGGGGCAGGCAGAACGGAGCUCAGCCGGCCUGGCCUGGCCGCCGCACGUGGCUUUGCUCGCCGUCCCUGAGCCGCCGGGUCCCUCCUCGUCUCACGAGCGAGGUCGGUGCCUACCCGCCUCUGCUCCCAGGACCUGCUCAACUGGUGUGUGCAGAUCGCAAAGGGUAUGAGCUACCUGGAAGACGUGCGGCUGGUGCACCGGGACCUGGCUGCUCGCAACGUCCUGGUGAAAAGCCCCAACCACGUGAAAAUCACGGACUUCGGCCUGGCCCGGCUGCUGGACAUCGAUGAAACGGAGUACCACGCGGACGGAGGGAAGGUGCCCAUCAAGUGGAUGGCCCUGGAGUCCAUCCUGCGCCGGAGGUUCACGCACCAGAGUGACGUCUGGAGCUACGGCGUGACCGUCUGGGAGCUGAUGACCUUCGGCGCCAAGCCGUACGACGGGAUCCCGGCCCGAGAGAUUCCCGACCUCCUGGAGAAAGGCGAGAGGCUUCCCCAGCCUCCCAUCUGCACCAUUGACGUCUACAUGAUCAUGGUGAAAUGUUGGAUGAUCGACUCGGAGUGUCGCCCCCGGUUCCGGGAGCUGGUCACGGAGUUCUCCCGCAUGGCGAGGGACCCGCAGCGCUUCGUGGUCGUCCAGAAUGAGGACAAGAUGGGGCUGGCCAGUCCCAUAGACAGCACCUUCUACCGCGCCCUGCUGGAGGAGGAGGACAUGCAGGAUCUGGUGGAUGCUGAGGAAUACCUGGUCCCUCAUCAGAGUUUCUUCAAUGCAGAGCCCUCGGCCAACGGCCGUCGCGGGGCACACAGCGAGGCAGAGACCCAGGUGGACGCAGAGGAGGCAGAGGAACCGGCCCACUAUCCAUACCUGGCCCAGACUCACUUGGAGCAGUCAGAAGGGGGACAAAGGGAGGCCAGCAUCCUCCAGCGGUACUGCGAGGACCCCACCAGCGUUACAAGUGACGAGAACAAGGAGCCGGAAUCCGGGAGCUACAUCCUCCCGGCAUCCUGCGGCACGGCUCCAGAGUACGUGAACCAGAUGGGGGCUCGCCUCUCGCCGGGCAAGCACCAAAGAUCCCAGGGGUCCACGCUUGAGAAGCCAAAGGGACACCUGGGAAAGAACGGGCUAAUCAAGGAACCAAAGAGCCCUUUCCAAGGCAGCUUCGCCAGCGCAGUGGAGAAUCCGGAGUACCUGACCCCCCCCCACCUUUCCUUGGCCAAUGCUUUCACGCAGGCCUUUGACAAUCCCUACUACUGGAACCAGGACCCUUCCAAAGUCAACCCCACCGACGCAGGCUCCACCACCACGCCGACGGCGGAGAAUCCAGAAUACCUUGGCCUCCCCGUGCCCGUCACGCGGGCCAAGGACACGUCGGAUUAACGACCAGGGCCUGGUCCGCAGAGGAAGCUAUUUCAGCCAAGGCGACUUGGAUAGGUGUCGGUGUCUGGAUGGUAACAACUCGUGUGCCGAGUGGACGUGUCCUGUAACGAAGGGAUCCGGGGAGAACAGCACCAGAGCCCGGAACUACUGCCCAAGGGCAGCUCUGCCAGCCCUCUUGAAACUAGACCUGGCUGCAGAUUGGAGAGGAGCUGGAAGGACCGAACGGAGCUGGGCGACAUCUCACUCCAGCGAGCGUGGAGGGGCGUUCACCCAGCCUGUCCUUCCUCUAGCUACGAAAUCGGAUUCGUUUUGACAAACACCUUGGUGCCUAUGGGGUCUCUUCCAUCUUCACCUCCUCUGGGCAGGGACUGUCAGGUCCCUCCACUUCCGCAUGCCAACCAUGGGGCAGCUUUUGUUUAUAAAAGCCACAGUCUGGCCCAGGGGGGUUGACACGCGAGGGCUUUAAUGAGUGAUCCUGGCUGACUGGGAAAAUGUGAAACACCACCUCCAGGCACCGCAAACCCAGCCUCUUUUCCCUGUGCGGCAUCAGUAACAGGAAGGGUGGGGACAGAGAAGGGGGCUGAGCUCUUACAGCCUGAUGUGUGCGGUUAGGACACCAGUGGAAAAGUGUUAACAGGGAAGGGGUUAAAAGCGGCAGUGGCCUGGAGGCUGACUGCGGUAAGCAGCCCUCCCCGCCUCUGAGCUGCUCCCCCGAGGCCGGCAGACGGGGAUCACAGCAGGCACUGUAGUUCCGGGUUUCCCUGUGAUGAGUAAUCAAGCGCAGGGAGGGAGGAGGCAUGCCCCGACCAAGGACAGGACAGCUCAGGUGUCCAAUGCAGCACCCGUUCGGGAGAACAGGAUGGGAACAAGAGGCACAGAAUGGAGAGCAGGGUCCUUUCCCGUUGUGUCCAGCAACUACAGAAACCUGCUCACCAGACCGUCUGUGGCACAAGGCAUCAGCCCGCUGUCCGAGCCCUCUGGAAGAAGUGGUGAGGGGAGACAGGUAUUGGUGUGCUCCAAUACAGCCUCUCAGCCCACAAGGUCAGCCACUGCGCUGCACAGGCUGGCUGUGGCUUCCUGUUUCAGGAACUAAUAGGCAGGACCGCAGCCAGCUCUCGCUGGAGUGGCAGGGUCUGCCUAAACGUGAAGGGUUCCUCCUGGAGGAUUUUUUUUUUUUUUAAAUCAGCACUCGCUUGUUGCCAGUCCAAACAUUAAAAAGCGCUGCACAUUACACGACAGAUCACCGAGCCUCUUCCAAAACCGGCUUCCGGUGGUGCAAUCCCGCAGACACUUCUGGUAAAGACGCCCUCGAUCGGUUUCAGUUUACACUGGGUUUUCAUGCAGUGCCCCAGAGAACAGUCAAAUGCUCCAUGUGUCCCCCCUCAAUUCAAACCUACCCACGCAGGAAAGCGAUUUGCUCUCAUGAAAGUUCUCUGGGGGACGAGUUGACCUAAGACAUCCCCACAUCCUCUUUUAAAACGUUAGUUUUACGCAUUGUAGAAGGUGACUGCUGGAUUACUUUUUAACCAACUGUAUCAAAACUAUUUGUAUAUUUGAGAAUUGUACAUGGUUUUUCUACU